CGCCUCCCCGCGCGCCCCGCCCCCGCCGCCGCGGUGCGGCCGGUGCUGGGCGAGGUCGGAGAAAGUCCGCGGAGCCGCCGGGGACGCGAGCGCCGCAGGCCGGACCGGGCCGGGCCGCAGAUGUGCCCCGCGCGGGUGCCGGCCUGAGGGAGUGAGCACGCCGCCCCCGCCAUGUCCCAGGUGCUGCACAUCGAGAUUCCCAACUUCGGGAGCACCGUGCUGGGCUGCCUGAAUGAGCAGCGCCUGCUGGGCCUCUACUGCGAUGUGUCCAUCGUGGUCAAGGGCCAGGCCUUCAAGGCCCACCGGGCCGUGCUGGCUGCCAGCAGCCUCUACUUCCGAGACCUGUUCAGCGGCAACAGCAAGAGCGCCUUCGAGCUGCCGGGCUCUGUGCCGCCCGCCUGCUUCCAGCAGAUCCUGUCCUUCUGCUACACGGGCCGGCUGACCAUGGCGGCCAGCGAGCAGCUGGUAGUGAUGUACACGGCCGGCUUCCUGCAGAUCCAGCACAUCGUGGAGCGCGGCACGGACCUCAUGGCCAAGGUGAGCUCGCCCCACUGCGACUCGCAGACCGCCAUGGUGGACGACGCCAGCUCGGAGCCCCAGAGCCCCUGCAACCAGCUGCAGCCGGCCGCCGCCCCCUACGUCGUGUCCCCCUCGGUCCCCAUCCCGCUGCUCACCCGAGUGAAGCACGAAGCUGUGGAGCUGCCGCCGGCUGCCGGCCCGGGCCUUGCGCCCAAGCGCCCACUGGAGAUGGGGCCCCGGGACGGCUCCGUGGCGGCAGCCAGCGCGGCCCCUCUCAAGCUGCCCCGGGUCUCCUACUACGGUGUGCCCAGCCUGGCCACCCUCAUCCCCGGCAUCCAGCAGGUGCCCUACUCCCAGGGGGAGAGGACCAGUCCGGGCGCCAGCAGCCUGCCCACCACGGACAGCCCCACUUCCUACCACAAUGAGGAGGACGAGGAGGACGAUGAGGCGUACGACACCAUGGUGGAGGAGCAGUACGGCCAGAUGUACAUCAAGGCCACUGGAGGCUACGCAGUGCAAGAGAAGCCGGAGCCGGCGCCCUUGGAGAGUCGCUCCUGUGUCCUCAUCCGCCGGGACUUGGUGGCCCUGCCUGCCAGCCUCAUCAGCCAGAUUGGGUACCGCUGUCACCCCAAGCUCUACUCCGAGGGGGACCCCGGAGAGAAGCUGGAGCUCGUGGCAGGCUCCGGGGUCUACAUCACACGGGGUCAGCUCAUGAACUGCCACCUCUGUGCGGGGGUCAAGCACAAGGUGCUGCUGAGGCGGCUCCUGGCCACCUUCUUUGACAGGAACACGCUGGCCAACAGCUGCGGUACUGGCAUUCGCUCGUCCACCAGCGACCCUAGCCGCAAGCCGCUGGACAGCCGCGUCCUGAACGCUGUGAAACUGUACUGUCAGAACUUCGCCCCCAGCUUCAAGGAGAGCGAGAUGAACGUGAUCGCCGCGGACAUGUGCACCAACGCCCGGCGCGUGCGCAAGCGCUGGCUGCCCAAGAUCAAGUCCAUGCUGCCGGAGGGCGUGGAGGUGUACCGCUCGGUGAUGGGCGCGGCCGCGGGGCUGGACGCCGACUUCCCGCCCGCGCUGGAGCCGCGCGGAUUCGAGCGCAGGCCCGACGCUGCGCCGCUCGCGGGCCUGAGAACUGAGGCGGGGAGCGCCGAGCUGGGCGCCGCCAGCGCCGCCUUCGAGGCAGGCGAGGAGGCCGACGGCGCGGGCUCGGUCAUCCAGGAGGUGGCGGCGCCUGAGCCGCUGCCCGCCGACGGCCAGAGCCCCCCGCGGCCCUUCGAGCCAGCGGGCGGCAGCUCCAGCCGGCCCCAGACGCCGGCGCGGAGGCAGGAGGGCGCCUACGCCGGGCCCUUGUAGAGCCGGGACAGAGACGGUCCUAAGCUGCAUGCAUGCCCUACUAAUCCAAUGUGAUCAAGCCACUCACCUACUGGGCUGCUACUGUUGCCUGAAAACAAUGUGAUUUUUACCCUGCUUGUAUCAAACUGACGAAGGUAGUGCAUCGUUAUACUGUAACGAUCCAGACGGGGCAGAAGGGCCCCUGCCCCGCCUCCUUCCUGACAUUCUGAGUUCCUGAGUCUAACUCCUCACCCGCUCCAGGGGCCGCAGCCUGGCCCAGCUCCUGCCUCUGCUGCUCCAGGGACUGGCUGGGCACAGUCUCGGACCGGGACCGUCCCC